UUGUGUGUCUCCAGUGGUUAAAUGUCUGAUUUCUUGUUCUGAACCUUCAUUGGAUGAAAAGUGUUAUAUAGUUUUCCGCCAGCUAAGUCAUUUUUGGAUGCCAUAUCCUCGCCAUAUGAAUUAAUUUUCAUUAUCAGAUCUUACAAGUAAUGUUCCUUCCUCUGAAUUUGAGUAAAUUUUAUGACGUUAGCAAGAUAACGCUUUUGUGUCUUACAAUAAAAUAUUUCACAAUAAAAGUGAAAUAUUAAUUAAAACUUCACUUCACGACAAGAUUAAUUAGAUCGAGAUCUCUGGGGUUUUGGACUUUUGCAGGUUCUUAGUGCUUUUCAGCAGAGGGUUAGGGUUUGGUCUGGAGUCUUGUAAAUGAAGUUCUGUUUUAAAAACAAGCUAUGCACAAUUUUGACUAAUGCAUUACUAAAAAGAAAUCCUUAAAUAUUUUUCUGAUGCAAAGCCAAAGGUACCAUUAGCUGACUCCAGCAGAGUGGCGGUAUGACGUAUGCUUAUUAUUAUUUUUUUUGUUGUUGUUGUUUUUCUUUCUCUCCUCCCACCCCUUGUCGGUCUUUUAUUUUUGGAGCCCAUCCUUCUGUUUUCCGGUGCAGUUCUGGCUGUGUGCGCUUGAUAUGCUGCCGCAGAUGACGGACCGCAGGCUUGCGCCUCCUGUACCCGCACAUCCCCGCUCACUCUGACACACACGCACGCACACGAACCGACAGUGGCUGUUCUCGCCUCCUGGUCUCCGGAAUCAGAAAAGCUUUUGGAUUUAGCAGCCGGUGUUCUGUCGUUCAGGCGGCGGUGUGUGAGGAGCUGCGGAGAUAACUGGUGGUAAUAUGAGACCUGUUAGAGGGAGAUGUCAGUCCCUUCCAACUUAUAUCAAAUCUAUAAUGUUGGGGAUUUAAACACGAGUCUUCACCUCUCCUCCCAGGGACAGUCCUCUGCAGCCAUUCUCUGAUCACAGGCCUGGCAUCUUUCAUCCAUUCAUCCCUCUCUCCAUUCAUUUUUGCCCUGUCAUGAAAGGCCUGUCCAGUAGUCGGAGUCACCAUCAUAUGGUCUCCUAUGAGCCAUCAUACGAUCCAUUGGGUCACCAUGUUGACCGUAAGCCAUAUUUGUUCGGCCAGAUGGAUAUGCCGUUGCCCAUUCCUAUGCCACACCCAUCUGAGUUGCCCUAUUACAAUGCUCAGCGUGUUUCAUAUCCUUCUGAAAGCAACACCAUUGUCCCAUAUGGAACCUUCCCACGGAGGUGUCACUCCACCUCCUCAGCUCACCAUCCUGAGGUAAAGGAUGAGUGUAUGGCCAUGGUGCCAUAUGUAGGUGGAGGAGGAAGAGGAGGAGGAGGGGGAGGAGGCUAUGGGGGUAAAUCUCAGUCUUGGGUACCAGUAAAUUUUGCGGACCCGUAUGAGCAACAGCCGAUAUUUUCCAGAGAUGGCUACCACACACUGCAGUACAAACGAGGAGUGUUGUCGCAUGCUGGGGGCAUAGGAGCCAAUGACAACAAUGACAGUCCUGGGCGAAUUCGCCAUCUGGUCCACUCAGUCCAGAAACUCUUUACAAAGUCACAUUCAUUGGAAGGGCCCCAACACACUCAGUCAUCAAAAGGGCCAACUAAUGGGAGUGUGUAUGGUGGUGGUGGAGGAGGUAGCUGUGGUGGUGGUGCAAGGGCCAGCCCAGAGGGUGCAGCUCCUCCUGGGGCAGUGCGCCACCGGAAGCGCAGCAAGAGCCGUGAGCGCUGUCGAUCAGCAGAGCCCAAACAUCGAAGUUACCACCACCACCACCAUCCCCAGCUUCAUGGCUCAGCGUCUGCUCCGGGGUCUGGAUACUGGAGCUCAGAUGACAACCUGGAACGGGAGCUGUGUCUUUACCACCCUCAUCAUCACCAACCUCCACCCUCACCCUCCCUCUCUAUUUCCCCCUCACCUAUUGCUAUGACAACAGGCCCGUGCCCUGGUAACAACUCCGAUAAGUAUCCCCAGACUCCCCUCCAAAAUCUCUCCUCCUCGCAGUCCCAACAUUACUUCAUCAUGGACCCCUAUGGGACAGUUAACGAGCAUGCACACACCCAUGCACGCCACGGCCACACUCAGCACCACUCUGCACUCAAAGCCUCUCGGAGCAACAGUGAUAUGAAAUAUACAGCUUCAUCUGCAUGUAUGCCAGUUAGUGGUAACAGCAAUAAGAGCGAUGGCUGUAUCGGUGGAGGAAGUGGCCCCUUGCUGCCACUGGGUCUUGUGGACGGGCCUAUUGAGAAGAAAGGGGCAUGGUCAUCAAGCCUAACGGUGAGCAGGGCCCGAGAGGUCUACACCAACACCAGCAGCCACAACCAGCUACGAACCAGCGCAGGAUCCGGUAACCUAAACCUAGAUAGAGCUCUAGUCAAAUCUAAGGGCAGUCAGCAGCAGGACCCUUCUUGCCAGUUCUUACAGGUACCUCAAGAUGAGUGGAGUGGUUUUUCUCCUCUGGGGAAAGAGGAUGACAUUCCCUGUCGAAGGAUGAGGAGUGGCAGCUAUGUGAAAGCCAUGGCUGAGGAUGAUAGCGGAGACUCUGACGGAAGUCCCAAACCUUCACCGAAGAUGCAGGCACGUCGCGCCAGCUACCUUAAAGCUACACAGCCAUCACUUACUGAGAUGACCACACUACAAAUUUCCACAGAGCACUCCCCCAAACUGCAGAUCAGGAGUCACAGUUAUUUGCGUGCUGUGAGUGAGGUUUCAAUCAACAGAAGCCUGGAUACACUGGAUCCUAAAACUCUCCUUGACCCCAAAUCACUGCUGUCUUCACCCCAAUACCGGUCACGCAAUGAAAGCUACAUGAGAGCCAUGAGCACCAUCAGUCAGCUGAGUGAGGUUGAAGUGAAUGGGCAGAUUGAGCAAGUAUGUGAGCAAGUCUAUAGCGAGAUGCAAUCUCAAGCUAUGGACGCAGGCAUGGAUAGCUUGGAAACUAUGGACACCCUGCCUAUGCCAGGUUGCUUCCGUAUGCGUAGCCCCAGUUAUGUGAGGGCAAUCGACCAAGGAUGUGCCUCAGAGGAUGAAGGACCAGGAGGAAGACCUCUGCUGCUACUUCCAUCCUCACCACCACGCACAACUGCCACAACUGUCAGGACCAUCCAAAGCAGCACAGUAUCGUCUUGCAUUACUACCUAUAAAAAAACCCCUCCACCAGUGCCACCACGAACCUCCACCUGCUCUACAGCGUCCAAGCCAUAUAUCUCUAUCACAGCCCAAAGCAGCACAGAGUCCGCACAGGAUGCCUAUAUGGAAGAUGAAGGGCCCAGAGGAGACAUGACAAUCCAGUCAGGGCUCAGCAACUCAACAGAGAGUAUUGACAGCAUGAAGGCCUUGACAGCUGCCAUAGAAGCUGCUAACGCUCAGGUGCAUGGACCAGCCAGUCAACAUGUCAGCAACAGCACGAUGACAGUCAGCACUGCCAGUUCCCCACACCUCAGCAGGGGGCAAGUUGUAGAAGAACAUCGGGAUGAAUACAGAAAAGAAGCACUCAGGAAGGGGAAAUGUCUCUCCAUAGGCAUCCAGGUUGAUGGACCAGAAGAGAUUCCAGAUCCAGAAGACCCCUCCAAAUUCACGUCUGUGGGGGUACAAGUGGAGGAUGAUCGAGGAUAUCGAAGGCUUCAGCGCUCCAACAGUGUGACAGCAGCUGUACAGGCAGAUCUAGACCUGCCAGACCUCCUGGACACUCCCCUAGACUCUCCACACCCUCACAGAGGACGCCUGGCCUCCUGUGGCAUGUCUCGGAAGUAUUCCCGCGAUGCAGCCACCUCCACUGUCAGCAUUCAAGGCUCAGGGAACCAUUACCAUGCCUGCGCCUCAGAUGAAUAUGAUGAUGUUGGUUUUGACCCGUCCAUCCUCCCCCCGCCUGACCCCUGGAUAGAUACUGUUACUGAUGACCCACUUGAUGCAGACUUCAACAGCUCUGCUAUUCUGGAGGUGGUACAACGAUCGGUCUGUCAGAGAGAUGGACGCUGGUUCCUGAAGCUUCUUCAAGCUGAGACCGACCGCAUGGAUGGAUGGUGUCGGCAGAUGGAGCUCGACCAGCGGGAGAAUGAGUUGCCUGAAGACAUACUGGAAAAGAUGAGAACUGCUGUUGGAAGUGCUCAGCUUUUGAUUUCCCAGAAGUUUCAGCAGUUCAGGGAAUUAUGUGAAGAGAACCUGAACCUCAGCAUUCAUCCUCGUCCUGUGGCCUCAGACCUGGCUGGCUUUUGGGAUAUGCUUCAGCUGUCUAUUGAGAACAUCAGCCUCAAGUUUGAUGAGCUUCACCAGCUCAGGGCCAACAACUGGAGACCGCUGGACCCUCCUGAUAGAAAGGAGAGGCGACUUCCACCUCCUGUGCCAAAAAAACCACACAAGGUUGUCCCCCACCACCACCCACCACUUGCCAGAGACCGUUCACUGGAGAGUUCAGAGAAGCAGCGGCAGGAGGCGAGAAAGAGGCUGAUGGCUGCUAAGAGAGCAGCGUCUGUACGUCAGAACUCAGCAACAGAGAGCGCUGACAGCAUUGAGAUUUACAUUCCUGAAGCUCAGACAAGGUUAUGAAGACAUUAACAUGGACAUAUUAUGGUUGGCAAAAGUACCCAGCCUUGGAGUUCAGAAUGAUGCCAGCAGGAAUCAUGGCCCUGGGGGAGAGGUGUGCAAUGAACUGUGCAGAGUUGGAGAAGAAUGUUAAUUAAAGCAGAUACUAAGUAUUUAAAGUAAAAUACGGAAAUAUUCUAGACAAGAUGAUCGGAUGAGCAUUUAGAAUGAAGAGGAUUUUCGUCCCUUCUGCAGCUAUAGCUUCAAAGCCCUAACAACCCUUUCACAUUGAUUUAGAGGAAAUAUGCAACAUACUUUUGACCUUGUCAUAAAGCAACUCUGACUUAUUUGUGAAACUCAUCUGAGGCUGGUCUCAUCAGAGAGCUGAAGUAUGAUUAACAGACGUUCCAAAUCCGUCUGAGUUCAUCCAUGUUGUGGAGGUUUAUGAACCAAGGGAAGAACAACCAGUUUCAGCAGAAACAAUCACUCCUCUCACUGCCAACUUAGCCACUAGGGAAAGCUGCUUGGAACCGACCAACAGCUGUUCAACAUGCAACGGAACGCCUGUGUACCGUUUUUCCAUUGUAUUUUCCACAAUGGGUGAGAGUUAAAGGGUCUAAGGGACGUCAAAUAAAACUUCUGAAUCCGUAACAGAGAUGAAAAUAACAUGUUGGUGAUGGCAUAAAUUUACAUUUAUUUUUUUGGGAAGAAUAUUCAUAUCUGUAUGUGUGGGAAGGGGUGGGAGACUUUUUUACAACAUCUUAUUACCUCUGUGUUUAAACAAUGGUAACAGUAACCAUAUUUGGAGCCAUAUUCAAUAAGAAAUACUCUCCUUAUCAAGAAGAAAGGGCCACACCUUGGAAAUAACUGCAUAUUAACAUUGUACCCCUUGUAGCAAGACUUCUUUGGAGUUUGUAAAAUUAGGAAUCUAAAAACACCAACCUGAUUUGCACUGUUUCAGUCUGUGAAAGCUGAUCAGAUCACAUUUAAAUGAAAUAAUGGCCUCCUACUUGGAGGCACGAGAUACAUUAUGAAGCAAGACGUCAGACGCUGAAAGUAAAAACUGUUAAAUAUUAAAAAUAUGUAAGACAGAAUCAGGGCUACAAAUUUGAAAGGAAAAAAAUAGUUUGCAUCUAAAAUAGAAACACGGCAUUGUAACACGUCACACCAUUCAGGAUGACAUCACACAAUAGUUGGAAUUUUGUUUUCCAGAUGUAGUUGUAUCUAAAAUGGGUUUUAGUAAUCAAAAACUAUCCAUCCAUCCAUCCAUCCAUCCAUCCAUCCAUCCAUCCAUCCAUCCAUCCAUCCAUCCAUCCAUCCAUCCAUCCAUCCAUCCAUCCAUCCAUCCAUCCAUCCAUCCAUCCAUCCAUCCAUCCAUCCAGGACAAAGUGCUAAGGGGAAACACUGGGAUAACAAACUAACUUCAAUUGGAAAGGGGCCAGCUGGGACUCAAAUCCAGGAUGUUCUUGCUAUGAUACAAUCAGAAAUGUAGUUAAUUUUUAAAUUAAAAAGUCAAUAUUCAGAAAGACAUAUUGAACUAAAUCCUAUAAAUAAAAAAUGUUUCAAAUCACCCUUCCUUCAUGAGAAAAUUCUCAGUGGGCUGCUUCUGUCUCCGUGUACACAAACUGGCUCCACAGACAUGCUUACUCCAGAGCAGAUCAUGAGCUGAGAAAGUGUUGCCAUGGUGAUACAGCUGAGUUCAGAUAGAGCCAAAUAAACAAAGACAAAGGAAAGUAGAAACUGUGUGAAACCUGCACAUACAAAGAAAAACAUAAGCAAAAAAUGAAUCUGUCUGAACAGAUCAACUGAAAUGAACUGAGCAGAGAUCAGAACUUCACAACUGAAAACUGCACAAAAACAAACGGAACCAAAAUCCACAACUGUUUGGAAACAUGCAAGACUUCUUUGUGUUUGCACAGGGGUGUGCUCUCUUUUCUUGUGAAUAUGUGGGAAUUUUACUGCCAUAAUUCGAGAGCACACAUUUUCAGUUUGAAAGCAGAACUUCAUGUCUUUCUUCUCAAAACUCGUAAUGCUUGUAGAGUUGUAGUUCUCCAGACCACUUUUUGAUCGUCUUGGUCUCUGGCGUUGAGGAUUGGUCAAGAUCUCACUAAUUUCACUAAUUUCACUAAAUUGCCAGCAAAUUGUCGGUAUGCAAAGCAUACCCAUUAAAAUCCAAGCAACUAUUACGUGUUUCUGCUACUGCUGCCACACGUCGCUUUCUCCUUUCACUGGCACGCAACGCUCCAAGACAUUUGUCUCUGAGUGGCAGAUGUCUGUCUAAUCGUCAGUAAUAGAAUCCCGGUUUAUAUAAAUCAGAAGAUAUUGUGACAUGUAAAUUCAGCAGCGCUUCACUUUCAUAGACAGUGGGGAGUACGUCCAACUUUUGAAUUAUUGUGUGGAAGUGUUCACUGACGUGUCACUUAUAUGUGAAAACGCUGAGACCAAAGUCUGUAAUAUAAUCUGAUUCUUCUGAACGGCUCUUUACAGAAAGAUAGGAUCUCACUGAGAGCCGUUCUUUGUUCUUGUAAUGUUCUGUCUACACAACAGUAGCUAUUAUUAUCUUAUUUAAUUAUAUAGAUUGAUAUUUAUUUAAUUAGUGAAUAAAUAAAACACAAGAAUGGAAGAGAAUACAGAACAUGCUCAUUGGUCUUUGUUUUCGUCACCUGUCAUGGUGGCCGACAUUACAGCACUGUGCUGCCUGGCAGAGGGAGGGAGGGUGCACGCCUUCUGCUUGGUUACUUCUUGCUUAUCGCUCCUUGGACAGUGUUCAUAGUUGAGUUCAUAGUUUACCGUUGGGGCAUUGACUUAAUUGUUAUGUUUAAUGGAGCAGACAGUGGUGGUUUCUGACAUGGACAAUAUGGGGAAACGUAUUGUAAAUUGUGGCACAGAGAUGGAAGCAAAGCAGAAUGAAGAGUUUGAAUUGAUAAUGAUAUUGGCUAAAUUUAUUUCAGCUCUAAGCAUUUAAUGUCUAGGUGUUUAUAUGUUAGGGUUGCUUUAUUUUUAAACCUUUUUUGGUUUUCACAUUUCCUGGAUGGUUGAGAACAUAGUGGGUCAAUAUCUGGGAAGUAUCAUAACUUCAACCUAACGUUCAAAGCACCAGGGUUUUUAUGGAAAUAUAUUCAGAUUUUAUGUAGUUUUAAAGACUCUACAUUGAAGAGAGUAAGAAAUAAAGGCAUACUUUCUUUUUUUACUGUGAGUUGCUCUGCAAUAUCGCCCCUCAGCUCUUGGCUUCCACCAAGCUGUUGGGUAGCGCUAACGCUCAGCCCCUCCUGCCCGUUUCAAACUCUUCUUAUUAACAUAAGAGUUUUACUCCCUUGUCAGUACAACUUCAUUCAGUAACAGAAAUAAUCAAAUAUGUAAAAUAAAUCAUCUGGCCUAUCUUUUUCUAAUGCUGACACUGAGAACUAAAAAGGGAACCUUUGAGAGAGUCGGAUGGAGUAUGGAAUUUUGGACCCCAGAAAUGGCCUGAUGACGAAGAAGUAUUGCAGCAGGAGGAGGAUGUUGAUCGAUGAGGCAGGGAUCUCUGUAGGUCUGAUAAAUUUUGUCUCUGUAUCGAUGGUGAUGUCACACAGUACAUGGGUGCUGGCAGGAAGAGUACUGACUUAGAGCAGCAGGUUUCGGAUCUUAGGGUGUCUUCCUCAUGUGUGUAGCGUUCCUCAGGUUCUUGUCUUGUGGCUCUGAAGGUCCCUUCACCUUGUCUCACGAUCUUUCUGGUCUGUUGAGAUGUAGAACUGCAGGAAAGCGCCAGUUCUUCUUUGCCUUUUUUCUUCAUCUUUGCCUUUUUCUUGGUCUUUGUAUUUGUGGUCUGACCCCAGCGAUGAGAGAAGUGCAAUUUGAAGCCACAUGUUGCUGGGCUAACGGGUUGGUCCCCUUACGCAGGACAGUCUUUGGCUCUGUGGCCCCGGCUCUUCUUCAGCUGCACAGUUCUUUGUCCAUCUCAAUCUUGGUUCAAAGCUGCCUGGAGGAUCCAGCCAAAGGUUCCUCUUUUUACACUCAUCUUUUAUAGGGUUUAUCCACCCUACAGAUGUGUUUGCAUUGACUAACACUGUUGCUGUGCUUAUUUCAUUGGCUGACUGCUUGUAUAGAUAAUCUCAUAUCCAUCACUGUCUUAGAGACAUUAUGUCUGUGCUAUUGUCUUAGGUUGCUCAACAUUCCUCCUACAUUCAUUGCCAGCACAAUCUUCUUCUUUCAACAGUUUAAGUUGCUCAACAACCUGUUUCCAAAUAAGGUGUUGACCAUCUCUGCUCUCCAGUUAGUUCCCCUUUUUCCCUUAACCUUUCACCUUCCAUCCACCUCCAACACAUCAGUGAUUCUUUAAUUGCAGUUACACCUUUUACACCAUCUCAAGUUCAUUGUCAAAAUCACAUUUAUAACUUCUUUAGCUUCUCUGAUUUAUCAUUCAUUUAUAAUAUUAUGAUAGCCAUAACUUAUUAAUUACUCUUAUUAUAAUCCUAAUGUGAGUUAUCACAGACGGUCCUCUGAAAAGAAACCAAGAAUAAUCAUUAUUCUAUUUAUUUGAUACCAAAGUUAUAGUUACUUGUUUACUUGUAAGCAUACUCACAAGUGUAAUUGUAAGUAUUCUUAUGAGUAAACCAAUAAUAAUAUAAAUAUUUUGCUUUGGGUUUUAUUCAUUUACUCAAAUCGUUUAGAUUUCAUUCUUUAAAACUUUUAUGCUUUGACAUAAAGAACAGUCUCAACUAUUUUAAAAAUAUGCAAGCUGGAAAUUUACUUCCUCUUUUUUCAGGAAGCCUGCUUUUCCUGUUUCAUAACUCUCUCUCUGCCUGAUUAUGAUUUCUUAUGAUUGGAUAGAAAAAAGAAAGAAUUAAAGAAAAGUUUGCAGGAGACAACAUCCACACACACAACCUGAGUGAUUUUAUGGAAGUUUAAGUCUACUGUUGGGUUUUGAUGUUACUUGUGUGAUUCAUUUUAAAGGUAACUUCAUGUAUUGUUACUGUUAAACUAAAAUCUCCAGCAUGGGAAAGUGGGAUGAACUUGGGUUUUCUUGACAAUUAAUAUUGAUUAAAUACAAGGGUUUCCUUCAUGUUUUUUUGGGGGGCGGACAAUGUAGACUUUUCCAAGAUUAGGGGGUCCGGACCUCCCUGACUCCCCCAGGAUUUAUGCCCAUGCAUGUAGCAUGGGCUGCUGGUCUUGGCCUUGCCUCGGUCUCUACCUCUCUCGGUCUUGGUCUUUACUUGGUCUCGGGUUAGGUGCUCUUGACUACAACACUAAAUGCUUGUACUCAAAACUUCUCCUCUCUUUCAAAUAAUCACUCUGCUUUCUCAAACCUUUCUCCUCACUCUCAAAACUUGUCUCUGCUCAAAUCAAAUCUCCACUUGCCAACCUCUCUGCUCGCCUGCCAAUGAUUUUCUACUCACGCUUGGAACAAAAAAGUACAGUCACCUGGCAAACUCUCAGUCAGUAGAAUGAAAGUGUUAUAGUUGGUGCAUUUGUUUCCUUCCAUUGGGUGAGCCUGCGUGGCUACUAAACAUCUACUAGAAGUGAGCUACUGAUCAAUCUCUAACAGCCUACUGAUGUUAGGCAGGAGUUUCGAGAUAAAAAACAUAAAAUCUUAUUUCCAGAAUGAAAAUGUGUGCUCUCGACUUAUGGCAGUAAAAUUCCCUCAUAUUUGAACUCCAACUAAUGUGUAAUUGAACUCUUUGGCCAUGUGUGGCUCUUUUUUCCUCAGGAAGAGAUGGGAAAUAUAGUGUACAAAACCAGGAAAAACAAAUCCAUAUAUGAAACUGUGUGUAUGUGUAUGUGAGAAAGAGAGAAGAGCGUUAAAGAGAUUUUGUAACAAUUAUUAUAAUACAAAUUUGUAUAUAUGACUGUUUGUGUGUGUGUGUGUGUGGGUGUGUGUGUGUGUGUGCAUUGUGUGUGUGAGGUCUCUCUGAAGUGCUUCCUGGGUUCCCUGUUUUCUAUGUUGGGCCUUUCUUUAAUUUUAUCCUGUAGCCAGAUACAGUCAUUCUGUAUAUGAACUUGUACCUGCGAGAAAUUUCUUGUGUUUGUACAGAAAAAUAAGGGUGUUUCAUGAUGCAUGCAGACCCCAUAUUAGUACCUAUACAGCUAUAUCUAAUUUGAAAACUUGUAUUUGCUUUAUUUAUGCUCUUAUUGAUUGAUUGAUUUUCUAAACAAUGAGAUUCUGUUAAAGUGAUUUGUCCAGAUCUUCUUAUCUUACAAUGUAGUGAAAAGAGAUGAUUAUAUGUCCUUAACUAUUAUUGGCCCUAUAAUAAUAAACUUUAAAUUCCUUC